CCAUUCAAAUAUCUACAGGCAAUUUAUCUACUAUAAGCCAGCUAAUUAUUUCUCUACCAAAACAAAAAUAUUGUGAUGUUAAGUCAGUGAAAUUAGAACGAGAUUAUAAUCAAUCUAUCAGACAGUUAAAAGUAACGAUAUACAGUAAUUAUUACAUACCUGAAUCGUUUCAUAUAAAGUUCGGUAACAUUGUAAUACAUAAUACAGAACAAUCUAAUUAUUAUCGAGUCAAUUACGAAAUCGAGAACUGGCAAAGAAUUGCAGAAUUUCUACAUGUUUCUAAUUAUAAGAGAAUACAUGUUUUGAAUCGUGCUCAAAUUAUCGAUGACGCUUUCCACUUAAUGAUAACAAACCAACUUAAUUCCACUGUAUUCUGGAAUAUUACGAAAUAUCUAUCACGAGAAACAGACUACAUCGCAUGGUAUCCUAUGUUCAAAGCUUUAGAAUAUCUGUCCAAUAUCUUUCUAUUUCGGGAACAAAUAUAUUUAAAUAUCAAGAGUUUGAGAAUGGAGGCUGCGAAAUGGGCAUGUAAUCUUGAUGAUCGCAUAUGCAUAAAAGCAGCCCAGAAUAAUUUAAAUCGACAUCUCGCAGAUCCCGAAAAGAACACACUUUUGCCAUGGUGGAAAGAAUGGACAUACUGUCAAGGUUUAAAAUUAUUGAACUAUUCUCUUAGCAAUUCUCUUAACGAAGAUUCUCAUUUGUGUAGAGUAUAUCGUCUGGAAAAAGAAAAAUUUGAAACUAAAAUUUUAAAAUAUCUGUCUUGUCCUGAGGAUUCACAAUUUAUCAAAGCCGCUUUAAAUCCAAUAAAAAAUGAUAGUAUAACAUCGAUUAUGUUUUUAGAAGAUUUUUCCGAUAAAGAUUAUAUUAAUUACUUUCUUUUUACUAUCGCGAAGCAUGCAAGGAAUCCUGUAGUACUCGACAUCAUAUUAGAAAAACUUGAGAACAUAAGACCCAGACAAGUCAGCGAGCAUGUAACAUUUACUGUUAUUAUUAAUCAUGUGUAUUCUGUGGAACAAUUGAUAAAGAUAAGCAAAUUAGCAGAAAGCUACAGACAUAUGACAAAUUUACCAAUAUAUAUCUAUAUAUCCCAACAUAUUUCAAAUAUUCAAAACAAGAUACGAAGGCGCAUUUUCGAAAUCAAAUGUCAACAGAAUUAUUUUCAGAAUUUUGUAGAAUAUCAAUAAUUUCCGUUUAAUGAAAGUAACAAUUAUGACGCAAACACAUCUAUAUAUCUUUCUU